AUGAUUCCGGCGGCGAAACUUCAUCUACAAAAUGAUUUAGUGUUCGACUAUGGUUUUGAGUUGUUCAGUUCAGGGACUGGCGAUCUUUAUUAUCAGAGUAAUGAAUUGGAUCCAUAUAUCAAAGAUAAGAAAGAAGAGUAUGAUUCUGAAGAUCUUGAAGACAUGAUUAUUAAUCCAACUGAUUCUGUUGUUGUUUGCGCACGUACUGAAGAUGAUGUCAAUUUCCUUGAAGUUUGGAUACUUGAAGAUGCCAAUACCCGUGAUAUGAACUUGUAUAUUCACCAUGAUAUCAUUAUUCCGGAAUUUCCACUCUGCACGGCUUGGCUGGAUUGUCCCCUUAAAGGAGGAGAAAAAGGAAACUUCUUGGCUGUUGGUUCAAUGGGACCCUCCAUAGAAAUUUGGGAUCUUGAUGUUAUUGAUGAGGUAGAACCAUGUGUGGCGUUGGGUGGCAUAGAGUCAAGCAAAACAUGGAAAAAUGGGAAAAAGGUUUGUUAAACAUUGUGUUAAUCAAUCAGCAUAAAAUUAUUUGGUUACC